AAAUCAUUUUUUAAUGAUUCUGAUUUGUGAUUGCGUGGAGCAGAGGCUAGGUAGGUGAAACCCAACAAGCACUUAAAAUAAGAAACAUAAAGCCAAAAUGGCCAGAGAGCGAGUAAAGAAAAGCAACCAACAGCACCACCAGGCAGUGCCUAUGGCAGUGAAUCCCAAAACUGUACAACACAUCUCUGAAUGCUUCAUCAAGCCCCAUCGCAUCCCACCAGAGGCAAUGCGUCCUUGGUAUUUGACGCCAUGGGAUCUUGCUAUGCUCUCUGUCCAGUACAUCCAAAAGGGCCUCCUCUUUGCCAAACCAACACCGCAUCAACACUUUAACAUCGUGGACAUGCAGGAGAAGCUCAAGCAUUCCCUCGCUCUCACGCUUGUCCAUUUCUAUCCACUCUCUGGCCGCCUUGCAACCUCAAAGACCGAAAAUCCUGCUUCUUAUGUAGUCUUCGUCGACUGCAGUAAUAGCCCAGGAGCCAGAUUCGUCUAUGCAGCUCUGGACAUGACUAUUUCUGACAUUCUUUCUCCCGCUUAUGUGCCUCUGGUGGUUCAGUCUUUUUUCGACCACGAUAGAUCUCUCAACCAUGAUGGGCAUGUCCAAUCUUUGGUUACAAUACAAGUCACAGAACUCAUCGAUGGGGUCUUUAUUGGGUGUUCUAUGAACCAUGCUAUCGGUGAUGGAAGUUCUUUCUGGCAUUUUUUGAACACUUUGUCUGAAAUUUUUCAAGCACAGGGAGGUGAUGUUCCAAUCUCACGACCACCUGUGCUUGAGCGGUGGUUUCCUGAUGGUUGUGAUCCAAUAAUCAGUCUUCCCUUUACCCACCAUGACCAGUUCUUAUGUCCAUUUGAAGCACCCUUGCUCAAGGAGAGGAUCUUCCACUUCUCAUCAGAAUCCAUAGCAAAACUCAAAGAAAAAGCAAACUCAGAGUGUAACACCAACAAGAUUUCCUCCUACCAGGCCCUGUCUGCUUUCAUGUGGAGGUGCAUAACCAGAAUCCGUCAUCUCCCCCAUGAUCAAAUUACUAGUUGCAGGGUGGCCUGCAAUAAUAGAUCGAGAUUGAACCCACCUCUAUCUUCAAACUACUUCGGGAACUGUAUUGAUGCGCUUAGAGCUUCAACCACAGCAGGUGAACUGUUAGAGCACAAUCUUGGUUGGUCAGCAUGGCUAGUCCACGAGGCUGUGGUCAACCAAGGGGAUCAAACGAUCAGGGAGCGGCUUGACUCAUGGAUUAAAUCACCCUGUGUUUAUAAAAUUGGUGAGAUGUUUGAUCCCCACAGCGUAAUGAUGGGGAGCUCACCGAGGUUCAACAAGUAUGGAAAUGAAUUUGGAAUGGGGAAAGCGUUGGCACUACGAAGUGGGUAUGCACACAAAUUCAGUGGGAAAGUGUCAGCCUACCCAGGACGUGAAGGUGGGGGAAGCGUGGAUUUGGAGGUUUGCCUUCCCCCACAUUCAAUGACUGCUCUCGAGUCUGAUGAAGAAUUCUUUAAUGCUAUAGCAUAGUAAUAUGUAGCGUUGCAGCAGGUCGCUCGUCCCUAAACACCAUCCAAUUGAAAAUGUACCUUCAUUAAAUAUUAAUGGUAUCAUCCUUUUUUUAUUAAAUGGAAAUAAAAGAUGGUACCAUCUGUUUUUUAUUAAAUUAGAAUAAAACAUCAGACAAUUAAAAGA